AUGGCUAAUAUGCAUGUUUCCUAUUUAAAGGAUGGAGAGCAAAUGGUUGAAGUCAUGAAGAGGAAAAUGAAGAUUGUGAGACUCUCUUUCCUCCUUUUCCUUCUAUUGCAAGCCAUCUCCUCUCAAUCAUGCUCCAAGCAAGACAGACUUGGCCUUUCGGCCUUAUCUUCCCGUUUCCAAAUCCCUUUCACGUCGGAUAUAGAAUAUUGUUGUGAACGGGAAGCAGUGAAGUGCAACUCCUCCACGGGGAGAGUGGCAGAACUAAUGCUGCGGGAAUCACGUGAACAGUACAUUAACUACUCUGAUUUGUCCGUCUUCAAAGAUUUGAAGAAGCUCUACUUGUCAUUUAAUAAUAUCUUUGGUUGUGUGAGGGAAGAAGAGUUGACAAAUCUAGAGGUCCUUCAUAUUAGUUAUAACAAGCUGGAUAAUGCUGCCAGCAUUCUAUCUUGCUUGGAUGGCCUUUCAUCUCUCAAUGGGAACUAUUUGACUAAUGACAUCUUGCCAUCCCUCGAGGGAUUCACAUCUUUAAAGGAACUGCAUUUGUCUGACAAUGAAUUGGACUCAGAUCUUCACAUUGAAGGUUUAUGCUCGAAAUUGAGGAAUCUUAAGGUCCUUGACUUGUCCGGAAACAACUUCAAGGACAGUGAUAUUGGAUCUGCUCUUAGAUUAUCAACUUUGACCAACUUGACGAAUCUUGAUCUAGGCUAUAAUAAUAUCCAUUAUUUUGUGGUCCGUCAAGGCUCAAAAAGUUUAAGUAGAUUGGAUGUCCUUGCUUUAGAUGGGAAUAUGAUAGAUGGAAACAAGCUCAGGGACUCAUUACGAGCUUUAUCAUCAUCUAUUCGGGUCCUUUCUAUGUCUCGCAAUACAUUUAAUGGAACAAUUGUUGCGGGAGAUUUUAAGGACUUAAGUAACCUAAAAUAUUUGGAAUUGGAUGGCAGUAGUAACAUGGAAAACAAGUUUUUCAUGAGUAUUGGAGAAUUGACUUCUUUAAAAUUUCUUUCUCUUUUAUCUUGUCAAAUAAAUGGCAAUCUUCCUCACGCUGAUUGGUCUAAACUGAAGAAGCUGGAAGAGUUAGAUCUAAGCAGUAAUGAAUUUAAUGGACCGCUUCCCUCAUCUUUUGUUAACAUGACAUCUCUUCGGAUAUUGGAACUUUCUCAAAAUCACUUCAUUGGACAGUUUGAUUCUAAAAUUGCUAGCCUUACAUCACUUGAACAUUUUGGUUUCAUAGGAAAUCAAUUCGAGGUCCCUCUUUCUUUUGCACCAUUUGCCAAUCAUUCAAACCUAAAGUCCAUCGAUGGUGAAGGCAACAAAGUCAUAUUGGACUUACAACCUAGUCUGCAAACUUGGAUUCCUAAAUUUCAAUUACAAGUACUGUGUUUGCCUUCAAUGACUGAGAAUAAUUCUCUUCCGCUCCCCAGGUUUCUUCUUCAUCAAAACAACUUGACUAGCUUAGAUUUAAGUAGUUGUAGGUUGGAAGGAGAGUUUCCUCACUGGUUGUUUCAAAACAACACAAAAUUGACUGAAGUUCUUCUUAGAAAUUGUUCUUUCACUGGUACUAUGCAACUACCAUCGCAUUCCCUUCCUAAGAUAGAGAAGAUUGAUGUGUCUGACAAUAUCAUAAUUGGCCAAAUCCCAAGCAAGAAUAUCAGCUCAAUAUAUCCAAAUUUGCAAUAUCUAUACUUGUCUAGCAACCACAUCCAAGGUUCAAUUCCUCGUGAGUUAGGACAAAUGAAAUUAUUGGAGGAGUUGGAUCUUUCCAACAAUCAAUUAUCCGGAGAAAUAUCAGAGGACAUAUUUGGCGCUGGCCAUCGACUCCAUUUGUUGAAACUUUCAAACAAUAAUCUCGAGGGGUCUAUUUUUACAAUACCCACUGAUUUGGAGUACUUGUUAUUGAAUGAUAAUAAAUUUAAUGGUAGAGUCCCAAGCCACAUUUUCAACACAUCCAUCAUUUCAUUGGAUGUAAGCAAUAAUCAUUUGGUUGGAAAAAUUCCAAACCUUAUCAAAAACUUGUCAGAAUUAUUGGAACUUCAUAUGUCCAAUAACCACUUUGAAGGAUUCAUUCCAUUAGAAUUGGCACAACUUGAAGAUCUAUUACUUUUAGAUCUCGCCCAAAAUAAUUUGACUGGUGUUCUUCCAUCAUUUCUAAAUUCUUCUGUGAGAUUUAUCCAUUUGAACAAUAAUCAGUUAACUGGAUUGCCCCAAAAACUGUUCAAUGGAGACUCUCCUUUGGUGAUGCUAGACCUUAGCUACAAUGAAAUAUCUAGCAACAUUCAAGAUUUGAUACAUGACCUUAGUUAUACAAACGUACAUUUUCUCCUUUUAAGAGAUAAUCACUUUACUGGGGAUAUACCAAAGCAGUUAUGUCGAUUGAUAGAUUUAACCAUGCUAGACCUUUCACACAAUAAUUUUUCUAAUACAAUUCCCCAUUGCUUGGGCAAAAUGCCUUUUAAUAAUAAGAACCUUGAUCCAUUAUUAAAAGAAAAUCGUGGGACCUUCUCAGUUGGAGAUUAUAUAGCUGAAGUACUAACAUUACGAACAGAACAAAAGAAAGAGAAAGCAAGUUUCACUUCAAAGAAAAGAGUCGAUACUUACGCAGGAAGUAUCCUUGCUUAUAUGUCUGGAAUUGACUUAUCCCAGAAUAAACUGAAGGGGAAUAUCCCAUAUGAGCUUGGAAACUUGACAAGCAUCCAUGUAUUGAACUUGUCUCAUAAUGAAUUGAUCGGACAAAUACCAGAUUCGUUCUCGAAAUUGGUACAAACAGAGAGUUUAGAUCUUUCUUUCAACAUGUUAAGUGGUCAAAUUCCUGCUCAACUCAAUAUCCUAACCUCACUUGCAGUAUUUAGUGUGGCGCACAACAACUUGUCAGGCCCAACACCUGAACGAACACGACAAUUUUCCACAUUUGAUGAAAGCAGCUACGAGGGUAACCCAUUCCUUUGUGGACCUCCACUGCCAAAGAGUUGCAAUCCAGCUUCUACAGUUAUUCCAAAGGACUCGGACACUGACAAAGACGAUGGUAGUUUGGUGGACAUGUAUGCUUUUUGUGUGAGCUUUGUUGUGGCAUACACAUUAGCAUUGUUGGCAACUGCAGCAGCUUUAUAUAUCAAUCCUUACUGGAGGCAAGCAUGGCUUUACUACAUGGAAUUGAUCACAUUAAAUUGUUACUACUUUAUAGUGGACAAUUUGUGUAGGUUUUCUAAUUCUAGAAAUAUGUAA